CUGACAAAUUCUCGCCUCCCUUGUAUUGUACAAUGAUAAUCCCGCUGAAGGAUGCCAAACGUGAAAGUUUCAGCUCUGAUUUUCAGCUACCCAGGCAAGUUGCAUGAACAAUAAGACCGGGUCCUUAAACCCUUAAAAGUGUAUAAUGACAUCGGUCAGCCCCGCUGAUACCGUCUCGCUACGAUGUUUUUUUUCUUCCCUUGCUAUGAAGAGCGUAUCAUGAGAUCAGACUCGGCUCUAGAUACGCAGCGCGUCCUCGAAUGAGAUAAAAUAGGAAAAUUUUGGCGCUUCCAUGGCAAUCCUUGCUAUUUACUAUUAAAGCCCUACUCCUCAGCAGCUUUUUAAGUUCUAAGAUUGGCGAAAUUGUCUGAAUGCUUGCUGAGCUUUCAACCUGUAUUUAUUCAUAUGUGCGUGUGAGGUUUUUGCGUCGCUAACUAAUAUCGUCACGCCUGCGAGCCCGAGCCUCCGAACGUAGUACCCCCCAAACUGAUAAAUAUCCGUUGCGACAAGCUCCGGUCCUACCGGUGACACCGUUGCGGAUAGCCGAAUCUCAACGAAGCUUGCCUACCUUAACUACCUACCUCCUAGCUACGUAGGCAUUGUUUCGGUUUCUAUCUACGGCCUCAAUUAUAUAGCGCUGCUCGAAUUUCGCUCCACGAAAUUUUCUCGCUUCUUGCGUCCUUGGCUCAAAUUUUCUCUUGGACAAGAUGGACGAGGACCAAGGCCCGUCCCAAAUCGUGCCGCAGCACGAACCAAGGAAGACCCUGAGCAGCCGACUACGUAGUGUCAAGAAGACUCUCUUCACGAAACAAGGACUUGUAGGUGACUACGAUUAUGGCUUCCUUCUCAGGCCGAACUUACCGUUCAUGAAGAGGUCUCGACAAGCCUCGCCCUUCUUCGGCCUGAACGAUAAGAUGCCUGUUGUUUUGGCACUCCUCCUCGGCCUCCAGCAUGCUUUGGCGAUGCUAGCCGGAGUUAUCACGCCUCCUAUCCUGAUGUCGGGGUCGACCGGCGUUAACUUCCCUCCCGAUAUGCAGCAAUACUUGGUUUCGACAGCUCUGAUAGUCUCCGGCAUACUCUCUAUGGUCCAGAUUACCAGAUUUCAUAUCUACAAGACGCCAUAUUACAUCGGGACAGGGCUCAUCUCCGUCGUCGGGAUCUCCUUUUCCAUCAUCCCCGUCGCCCAGGGAGCUUUCGCGCAGAUGUACGCCAACGGCUUUUGCCCAACCGACGCGGACGGCACGAAACUGCCCUGCCCAGAUGCUUACGGCGCACUUCUGGGCACCGCAGCGGUAUGCGCGCUCGUCGAAGUGCUCAUCGCCUUUAUACCUCCCAGGAUCAUGUUGAAGAUUUUCCCUCCUAUCGUUACCGGCCCGACGGUGAUGUUGAUUGGCAUCAGCCUCAUCGAAACGGGCUUUAAGAACUGGGCCGGAGGCAGCGGACCAUGCGCCGAUGCUACGCACGCUGCAUACUUCGACGUCUGUCCGAAUGUAGGCGCACCUCACGCCUUGCCGUGGGGCUCGCCGGAGUAUCUAGGCCUUGGCUUCUCCGUCUUCCUCACGGUUAUCCUCUGCGAACGAUUUGGAGCCCCGAUCAUGAAAUCCACGAGCGUUAUAAUUGGUCUCCUCGUCGGCUGCAUCAUCGCCGCCGCGACGGGUUACUUUGACCGUUCGGGCAUCGAUGGCGCCCCUGUCGCUUCUUUCGUUUGGGUUCACACGUUCAAGCUUACCGUCUACGGACCCUUGGUCCUCCCGGUCAUAGCUGUUUUCAUCAUCUGCGCAUGCGAGUCUAUCGGCGAUAUUACGGCCACAUGCGACGUGUCGCGCCUCGAAGUAGACGGAGGGAUAUACGAAUCUCGCAUCCAAGGCGGCGUGCUCGCCGACGGCCUGAAUGGCAUCCUUGCUGCUCUUAUGACGAUUACGCCCAUGUCUACUUUUGCUCAAAAUAACGGCGUCAUUGCUCUCACACGCUGCGCGAACCGGACUGCCGGAUACUGCUGCUGUUUUUUCUUGAUCAUCAUGGGCAUAUUUACGAAAUUUGCCGCCGCUCUUGUUGCUAUUCCUUCUGCCGUUCUCGGCGGCAUGACUACGUUCCUGUUCUGCUCUGUGGCUGUGUCAGGUAUCGCGAUCAUAUCAAGGGGCGUCCCAUUCACACGUCGAAAUCGAUUCAUAUUGACUGCCGGGCUGUCGAUCGGAUAUGGAGCGACCUUGGUCCCGACCUACUUUGGAAACGUCUUCAGCUAUAGCGGCGACAACAGAGGGCUCCAGGGAUUUCUAGACGCUAUCGUGUUAAUUAUGGAGACAGGUUUCGCCGUCACCGCCUUUGUUUGUAUUAUCCUCAAUCUUGCUCUGCAAGAGGAGAUAGAAGAGACGGACGAAAGGCUGGUGUCCACGGACGAGCCCGUGGUGUCUAAGAUUGCCAAUCGUCAGAGCUUAGAUAGCAGCAGGAAUACUUCGGGAGGCGAGAAGCAGAGAUGAUGGAUUUUUUAUAUUUUAUUUUUAUUUUAUUCUAUAUCCCAGGUACCUAAUCUAGCAGUGAGGUACAAUUAAAUUCAGUACAAUUGAUAUGUUAGGUACCUCCUAUUA